AUGAAAGAGAGACGCAUUGCUCUAGAAAUGUGUACGCGAUAGCGAUACUUCGCCAGUUAGUGACUCAACAACAAUCCAUCCGAAUCCGAUCGGUGGUGGCUGCAGCUUGCGAUCUGCAUAAUACUCGUACUCGUACGUUUACGUCUACGUACCGCGAUGCCGAUUCCGAUGCCGGUUCCUCGUUCGUAUUACAAAUAUAUUGUCCAGCUUCAAACCUAAACCUAUAUGGUGAUAGGUACGACGAAGCGUUCAGUUUUCUUUUCGUAUUUUUACGAUUCGUUUCGUACUCGUCGCGUACGCGCGUAGAUCGUACAUACGUGUUGCGUAAUUGUCACGAUUGGGAUCACGAGAUAGGGCAGGGCACGUGGGCAUGGUGUGAAGUGCGGAGUUUGCUCGUUUCGUUCGUAUUUUCCUACGUACUACUCGCUAUUCGUACAUUACACUCGCUCUCGCAUGGUACGUGUGUAAAGAUCGUGCAAGUUGCAUAUUUUCAUCCUCAUCCUGCCGUGUGAUACUUACUCGUAAUGUACGGUAUCAUUAGGAUAUAAUUUUUCGGAAAAUGUUGGCGUUUAGCGUGAACCGGUUCGCGUCCCAUCUGCCCAUCGUGGUCGUCGUAUCGCAUUCGAAUAAUUGUUGCGCAUAGUGUCGCGGUGUGACAUGUUUUCGUCGACGAAAUGCUCGGACUCGACGUCAAAGGCGAUCCCGGUCAAGCAUGCGAUUGCGGUUCUUCACCGAGUCAGCUAUUGCCAUUGCCGUUGCCGUUUCUGUUUCUCUUAUUGCGAUCAUCAUCAUCAUCGCUGUCGCUGUUGCUGAUGCGGCUGUUGUUCAUUGUGAAGCCGAAAUACUCGCUGUACGAGUAAAUGGCCAUCGGCAACCAGCCUCCAGACGAUGAUUCUUCUAGUGUACCUACGUUAAUUACGCGAUAACAUCGGUGGUUGGUGGUUGAUUAACUAUGUACAUAGGUGUAAUCGGGCUGCCAAUAUUGUCAUUGCAGAGCAUCAUCGCUGGUGUUAGGUGCGCCAAGUGACCAGUUGCACCUGUGGUCGCGCUAGACAUGUACUCGUACUCGUAUUCGUACGCGGGGUCGUUGUGGUGCUGGUGGUUGUUUUCGCUAUCUUCUACUACGUACGUUGAUACGUAACGUAACGUAACGUAACGUAACACUAAUGGUGGAUAACAACAGUGGUAUUGCAGUGCCGGGCUUGUUUCGAUCGCGUUCACUACCGCAGCUGUUGUACGCUACAGACUCGGGCGUCGGCAGUUUCAGCGACGCUGGCGGCCAGCAUCAGACAACCGCCGCUCAAAGAUCGCACGGCGAUUUCAGGCAGCUCCUUACGCUCAAACAGCACUACUACCCGGAAGGCGGCUGGGGAUGGUUUAUAGUUGCCUGCGCCGUUCUCGUGCAGACCCUCGCUCACGGCUUGCAGGUCGCUUCCGGCGUUCUAGUCAUCCAGUGCCAAAACAAAUUCGGAUCGGAGGUCGUACAGCAAGCAGGAUGGCUAGGUGCAAUGUCAACGGCGGUCGCCUUGUUCAUAUCGCCGGUGACGAUAUCGUUUUGUCGAAGAAAAUCGACUCGUUUGACGGCUGUGAUGGGUGGUUUAGUCACCGCUUUGGGAUGUCUGUUCACGUCUUUUGCGACGCAAUUCCAUCAACUCUUUUUCAGCUACGGCACCGUAAUAGGUGUCGGCGUUGGCCUAACUCGUGAUUGUUCAACUUUAAUGGUGGCCCAGUAUUUUAAACGUCGCAGAGAAUUCGUCGAGAUAUUCAUCGUUUCCGGCAGUGGCCUCGGAAUAUCCGCCAUGUCAGCUUACUUGCAAGUCGCCAUAACGCGCAUCGGUUGGAGGUAUGGUCUUCAGCUUAUCACGGUGACUGUUUUCCUGACGUUCUUCCUCGCCACCUGCUACAGAUCGGCGUCGCUGUACCAUCCGCAACGCAGAGCUAUACUGCAUUUGAAGAAUCAAAAGCGUAAAAUUAAGGAUAAAAAUAAAACGGAUGAUAAACCGCCGUUCAUCGACUACAGUACGCUCAAGAGUAAAACUGUACAGAUACUUUUACUGUCGACUGGUAUCAGCGCAUUGGGUAUCAAUACCCCUAUAUUUCAUUUGGCGUAUCAAGCCGAACAAGACGGCUUAACCGAUUCGGUAUUCUGGUUCCAAGUGUACAUGGGCAUCGCGUGGACAGUCGGAUGCGUUACAUUCGGAACGAUCGUGGUGCAUAAUUCGGCGGAAUGCCGCAUCGGCAGACAGUACCUGUGCCAGGCGUCUAUAUUCAUGUGCGCGCUAGCCAUCCUAGCAUUGACCACAGUUCAAGGCAACCGCCAAGGAUACAUGCUGUUCGUUUGGAUAUACGGCAUAUUUUGCGGAGGAUACAAUUACUCGCUGAAAAUGUACACUUACGAGCGCGUCCGAGCCCGUAACUUUGCCCGUACUUGGGGAUUCGUGCAAUGCUCGCAGUCUAUUCCCAUCGUCGUCGGCGUACCUUUGUCUGGCUACAUAAACGUGGAGUAUGGCGAAAAAACCGGCUACUAUUUCAGUUCAUCGUGCGCUAUCCUCGGAUGUCUGGUUCUAUUCAUGGUGGACCUGCACAAACGCAAACUUACCAGACAUAAACACCACGAAGAAAGCGGCGGCGGCGGCGGUGGCAGCGGCAGCAAAAAACUAUGCGCUUCGGACGCGUGUCCACGACGUCGCAAACUCUCAUUCACUGCCGAACCGGAAGAAGUGCUGGUUGUAGAGCCAGCCGCCAAUUCGCAUCCGGACAAGCCCGAACUGACUUGCAUCUCGGAAGAGGGCAUCGCCGAUAUGGACUUACCCGAUAAUCUGCUCGACGACUUGGAUUAUAUCGGCGACUGCAUAACAUCUUGUAACAAGGUCGAGAAUUACCUUAUGCUGAGCGAAUUCGAGAAUAAUCUCAUAGCCGAGAUGCCCGUCAUUAUGGAUCGCAAAGGUAGACGAUGGUCACUCGCUAAACAAACUGCUGAAGAAGAACCAUCCAAGUCGACAGGUAAAUGGCGUUUGGUAGCCGGAGCGAAUCGUUUGAUAACCGUUAUUGACGAAGCUUCCGUUUGAAUAAUGCGUUAUUUUGUUUGUUUUAUUAAUUUACAUUUUUAUUUGUUUAUUUAUUGAUUUGUAUUAUUUAUACCUUAAGUAAUAUAUUUUAAGCAUUUAUUCUUUGACAAUAUUAGAUUUAUUUGUACAAUUUGACCGGAUGUUCCUUUUUUUUUUUUAUUCCAUUUCGCCCGGCAACGAGUCGUAUAUUGUAUCUAUACUAUACCUACUUUUCAUUUACUUACCUACUUGUAUGAGUGUGAACAAACGAGUACUUUUUGAUUUGUUUUAUACUGUACGUUUUAUUGAUUUAAUAUUGAAGUGGUGCUAAGAUGUUUUCUCCGUUUCUCACAAUGAUUAUUAUGAUUUCAACUGCAUCAUUCAUAAAGCAUCUGUCAUUUUGUUUUCAUUUUCAUGUUUGUCAAUGGUUUAGUUAAUUCAUGUUUUCCACUUGUUGUUGAGAUACUGUUGUUGUACCAAAAGAAAUGAAAGUAAAAAAUGUUUUGUAGUGUGUUAA